CCGCCGAGUGGCGGGUGGUCACCUGGCGCGGUCCCCGCGGCCGCUCGGCUCCUGGCGGUGGGGAGGAGGCCGCGGGGCCGGGGGCGGUGGGGCCGCCCGGGCGGCGCUUCCUGCGCUGGGGGCGAGGCGUUGACAGGCUCCGGGUGCCGGGUUAGAGCCCGUCUCGGCGCUUAGGGCGUCAGAGCUCCGCGCGGUGGCCGUGGCCGAACCUUACGGUCUCCAGGUUGCGGUCGGACCGCGGCUCUUCGCCCUGCUUUCCGUCCUCGGUUCUGAUGCCAAGGGCAGCCGUGCGCUAGGACGAGCUGUGCGGAAGCGUCGUCCUCUUCCCGUAGGGCCCCUGACUGACCCCCACCCAGAAGAGAUAAUGCCAGAGCUUGGCGGACUUCAUCCCGACCUCGAGGUGUGGUCAGGGCUGUUAAGGAAGUAGGUAAUAGAAUUUUGGGUACCCAAGACCAUCGUGAUUUUUGAGGGGAAUCACAGCAUACAUUGGAACUUGAGCUGGGGUAGUGGAGGUGUGUGUCAGCACCUGUGUGUACUUGUCUUCACUGAGGUGUCCUGGCAGCGCUGCUGUGGUGGUGUGGCUCCAGAAAUGAGAAUUGGCCCCAUUUGGGACACCUCUAGUAUGACAGGGGCAGAGAUCGUGCCUUCUCUUUGACCAUGGAGGAGACAGACCGGGAACCCAUUGCAACGGCCGUCCAGAGGGUGGCUGGGAUGCUUCAGCGCCCUGACCAGCUGGACAAAGUGGAGCAGUACCGUCGGAGAGAAGCGCGGAAGAAGGCCUCUGUGGAGGCCAGAUUGAAGGCUGCAAUCCAGUCACAGCUGGACGGGGUCCGAACGGGCUUGAGCCAGCUCCACAGUGCACUGAGCGACGUGAAAGACAUCCAGCGGUCCCUGGCGGAUGUCAGCAAGGACUGGAGGCAGAGCAUCAACACCAUCGAGAGCCUCAGGGACGUGAAGGACGCUGUCGUACAGCACAGCCAACUUGCCGCUGCCGUGGAGAACCUCAAGAACAUCUUCUCAGUGCCAGAGAUUGUCAGGGAGACCGAGGACUUGAUUGAGCGAGGGGAGCUCCUGCAAGCCCACCGGAAGCUGAUGGACCUGGAGUGCUCGCGGGAUGGCCUGAUGUACGAGCAGUACCGCAUGGACAGCCGGAAUACACACGACAUGGCCCUCAUCCACAGCUACUUCGGAAGCAUGCACCGGCUCUCGGAGGAGCUGGCCAAGCAGCUGUGGAUGGUGCUGCAGCGGUCCUUGGUCACCGUCCGCCGUGAUCCCACCUUGCUGGUCUCAGUCGUCAGGAUAAUUGAAAGGGAAGAAAAAAUCGAUAGACGCAUGCUUGACCGGAAAAAGCAAACUGGCUUCAUUCCUCCUGGGAGACCCAAAAAAUGGAAGGAGAAAAUGUUUGCCAUCUUGGACAGAACAGUGACGACUAGGAUCGAGGGCACGCAGGCUGAUACCCGGGAGUCUGACAAAAUGUGGCUUGUCCGUCACCUGGAAAUCAUUAGGAAAUACGUCCUAGAUGACCUCAUUGUGGCAAAAAACCUGAUGGUUCAGUGUUUCCCACCCCAUUAUAAGAUUUUCGAAAACCUCUUGUCCAUGUACCACCAGGCCUUGGACACGCGGAUGCAGGAGCUUGCGUCAGAAGACCUGGAAGCAAAUGAGAUUGUCAGCCUCCUCACCUGGGUUCUAAAUACUUACACGAGUGCAGAGAUGAUGGGGAACGUGGAGCUGGCCCCAGAAGUGGACAUAAACAACCUGGAGCCUCUACUUUCUCCAAACGUGGUUUCUGAGCUGCUCGACACGUACAUGUCAACCCUCACUUCGAACAUUAUUGCCUGGCUGCGGAAGGCACUAGAGACAGACAAGAAGGACUGGAUGAAGGAGACCGAGCCUGAGGCCGACCAGGAUGGGUACUACCAGACCACGCUCCCUGCCAUCGUCUUCCAGAUGUUCGAACAGAAUCUUCAGGUUGCUGCUCAGAUAAGUGAAGAUUUGAAAACAAAGGUACUGGUUUUGUGUCUUCAGCAAAUGAAUUCUUUCUUAAGUAGAUACAGAGAUGAAGCUCAGCUGUAUAAAGACGAACAUCUGCGGAACCGGCAGCACCCGCACUGCUACGUUCAGUACAUGGUUGCCAUCAUCAACAACUGCCAGACCUUCAGAGAAUCCAUAGUCAGUUUAAAAAGGAAGUAUUUAAAACAUGAAAUGGAAGAGGGACUAUCUAUGAACCAACCAAAUAUGGACAUGAUUUUAGACACCAUUGCAAAGGAGGGCUGCACUAGCCUGCUGGAGGAAGUCUUCCUGGAUCUAGAGCAACAUCUCAAUGAGUUGAUGACAAAGAAAUGGCUGUUCGGAUCAAAUGCUGUAGACAUUAUCUGUGUCACCGUGGAAGACUAUUUCAACGAUUUUGCCAAAAUUAAAAAGCCAUAUAAAAAGAGGCUGACGGCGGAGGCCCAGCGGCGCGUGGUGGUGGAGUACGUCCGAGCCAUCCUGCAGAAGCGCAUCUCGUUCCGGAACGCAGAGGAACGGAAGGAGGGCGCCGAGAGGAUGCUCAAGGAAGCAGAGCAGUUCCGCUUCCUCUUCCGGAAGCUCGCCUCUGGAUUUGGUGAGGACACGGAUGGAUACUGUGAUACCAUUGUAGCCAUUGCAGAAGUUAUCAAACUCACAGAUCCUUCUCUGCUCUACCUGGAAGUCUCGACUCUCGUCAGUAAAUAUCCAGAUAUCAGAGAUGACCACAUCGGGGCGCUGCUGGCCAUGCGGGGGGAUGCCACCCGCGACAUGAAACAGACCAUCAUCGAGACGCUGGAGCAAGGCCCGACGCAAACCAACCCCAACUACGUGCCCAUUUUCAAAGAAAUCAUCGUCCCAAGUCUGAACGUGACGAAGCUGCUGAAGUAACUUCCCGUGGCCGCCCACGCCUGCCCCAAGAGGCUGUUAGAGCAGAAGUGACCCCGAGUGACCCUGAGGACUGACGCCGAUGGUUGCAGGUUGGCACCUGUCUCUGGUGCUAGAAGUUUAUGGUAAAAGGUGCACACGAACACGGCUUCUUGAAGAACAAAGGUUCUGAAGGCCGUGGCACUUUUUUGUUGUAAACGCGCCGGUAAAACAGGCUUCUGCUGUCACGUGCCCCCAUGGCUAACGGUUUCUCACCGUGCUGAGGGGCGUGGAGAGUUUGUCUGUCUCUCCUCGUGUUUCUGCUGUCAGUGUUUUUGAAAGUGUGCUGCUUCAUUAAAGAGUCUCUCCUUCCUGCAGAGGAACAAAA